UUGCGGAGUGCAUGCGCGCGCAGAGUGCAGGGCAGAGUGCAGCGUAGUCGCACGCGCGCGGAGCCGGGGCGGGUGUCGGUCGGGUUUUAGGUCGUACGUAGGGCGUCCAUGCCAACCUCGAGUUGGCGGUGCAGGUUUGCGGUAAACGGACAGGGUGCGCGCGGGUCACUUGUGAGAGGGAUUGGGGGCGGGCGGCGACGAGGGCGAGUGGACAGACGACGAGGCUUGGCGACAUGCAGACGGUACGAAUACAGGGCGGUGGCGGUAAUGGGAUGUUUGUUGCUAGGUAUUGUUGUUGUGUUUGCGGAGCCGGAUCGCCGCCGAAGUUGCGUGCUCUGUUCCAUUGCGUGCUGCUUGCGACGACGCUUCCAUGGGAGCCACGAGCGAGCGAGCGAGAUCGCCCCAACCGAUUGCGACCAGCGACCAACCUACUGGUGCUUGGUGCUUGGUGCCGCCGGCGGCACGGCACGACGCGACAGCUAGAGUCAGGUCGGUCAAGCCAGCACUGGGCUCCUGGUGACACGCGCGGCUGAGACGACUCGCUCGAGUCCUCAGGCAGGCCCCAAAAACAAACAAACAAACAAACAAUAGGUAGGCAGGUAAUUAUCGCGAUCCCACAUCACACA